GGCGGAAGGGGUUAAUAUCCAAUCAAUACAGAUCAGGAUCAUUGACCUCAUGGAGAAGAUGAAGGACCCUCAAACUGGCUCAGAGCUAUUUACCAAAAAUAGCAAAAACUACUUGGUCCAUAUGGAAGAUGAGGAACGACAAGUUGUGUUCAAUCAGUGCGAUCCUAAUCCUCUAGCAGUACUCUAUCGAGCCAAAAAUUUAUGGGGCGGGAAUAUUGUUUCGUACAAAGGCUUAGGCAAGAGACACAAGGCCCCAUCACAGAUAAGGAGGAGAUGGAAUCCUCCGGAAUCUCCUGAUCUCAAGAUCAAUUGCUAUGGUUCUUUCAACAAGAAGACAAACAAGGCACCAGUUGGGGUUGUACAGUGA